UUUUAAUUGCCUAUUUGCAUAAUUCUAAUUAAAAAAUAUUCAUGGCUGUUGAUCAGUUAAAAAAGUUAUAAGAAAAUCUAAUAGUUUCCGGUCAAUAGGCAAAUUUCCUCAUCAACAAAUGAAAAAAGUCCAGAGUGCCAGUCAUAAAUAAAUAAAUUAUAAAGCAUAUGUAGAUGUACCAAAAGUUAUUUAUUUGUAUUUUUAGUUACAGUUUAAUUUCUGGAUUGUUUAGUGAUCACGGUUUGAAGAUAAUGUCACUUAGGUUUUUAUUAAUAAGCUCCUAAGACCAAUUUAAUUCGAUAAUAUUUUACAAUGUAAGAGUGACAAGGUUCUAAGUCGUGACGUCUCAUGCGUAUUAGCUUUACAUAUAUAUUACUUUCUAAUCGUUUCAAAAAUAUAAAAUUUAAUAAUAUUGCGACUAAUUACAGUUUAUUUUGUAUCAUUAUUAACUAGUUAACUUUAAAUGUAACCUAAUAAGUUAUAAAUGAAAACAUUCGGUUUACAAUUAACAAUGCAAUUUUGCAUUUUUACCUAUUAGUCUAAUAUCUAGGCCCUACGCUAUUUCUCAAUAGUACAAUAAUUUGCUCAGCUUUGCUUCUGAAUAGUGGAAACAUUAAUAUUCGAAGUAGAUAACCUGUGUUUAUGUUAUAUGGAUUGCAAACGUAAGACCACCAGUAUGUCGACGAAGUCGCAGAGGUCCGUGAAGCUGCCCGCCAAGGAAAUGAUCGUGACCAGGUACAAGUCGGCGCAGCAGAAGCGUCAGCUCCGCAACAAGGAUCGCAGCAUGAAGAGCAUCACCCAGCUGCUCAAGUCGCCGACCUCCAAGACUGGACAGCAGAGAAAACCAAGACUACCAUCAAAGAAACCACAAAAGAGUCCAGAAACCCACGCCACUCCAGCACCGAAGAAAUUGAAUUUGGAAACCAAGGAAUAUAUAACACCGACGGUGUUAAAGAAAAAGCCUAAACCGAAAAAAGUGUGGUUGAAACCGAAUUAUGAGAUGAAGAUGGUCGCUAGGACAAACAAGAGGAAACUGUGUACCCCGCAGCGAGAGCCACUGUCGCUUCCACUCAAGACGAAUAUCCGAUGUCGGCCCAUAGUUCAAAGUCCGGUAUACUCGGAGCUGAGCAUGCCAGAAGUGAUCCAGCUGGUCGAGGACACUGGGCAGCUGGAUGACGAGGACCUGAUGGAGAUACUGACCUGUCCGAGCCCUGUCUGGUGGGAGGACCCGCCCGAGCCGUGGUACACUGAGAACCCAAUACCGUCAUCAAGGCGAAUAUCAUCUCAAGACGAACCUCAGGACAUUUUGAAAGUACCUGCAACAGAUCUUGCGAGCACGCAGACUGUUAAACUCGACCCUAAGUAUAUUAGGAAAAGGUCGAACCUUGAAAUGUUACUUGAGGAUAUAAGAAAUAAAGCUAAUAAAAAGGACACGUCCAAAGUGGAAGUUGCUGCAAACAAUGAUAAGAAGGAGAAUGUGUCUAAUGAAAUUAUUAACGAUAAUGAAAGCAUGGCAGAUCCCGUAGUUAGGAAUUCUAAAAAAACACAAUCCGAAAGCACUGAAGGGGACUUGUUUGACGUGAGUUUCCAUGAUGAUAUCCUUACAAACUUAGAAAACAUUGAAAUACCCAUAGCAAAUAGUGAUAAACCUACAGAGUUGUUCGAUGAAUUUAAUAUAAAUACAGAGACAAAUGAUAAUGUAAAUCAUGAACCGGAAACACUACCACAUUUGGAGUACGCCAACGAUGUGGAAUCUCAUUUGAAAACGUCUAUAAUCCAUAAACAGGGUCUCAGUUGGAAAGAUUCAAGCGUAGUAGAAAGCCACGAUAGCAGAGGGCGCCACCCUCAAACUAGCAGCAGUAGCGUAGUGCCGAUGACGUUGCCACCUUUAAAAAAAUACCCUUUAACUAAUAUUAAACGUUCGUUUGUCUCGCCCGUAUCUAUUAGAAGUUCAGAUGACGCGUCGAGUGUUGACCAAGAAGCAGACACAAUAUCUGAUACUAAUAUAAAAUAUUUGCUAGACGAUGACGAGCAGACGACUAACAGUGAUGACAAGAACGGUGACACAUCACCCAAAGUCGACGAAGCCGAAUUAAUAGAUGACACAUCGAAAAAGAUAUUAGAAAAAAUAAAACAAUUCUUCAAAAAAAAGUCCAAAAGCAAAAACAAUGGAGAAGCAGAUUUAAGUGUACAGAAAACUGACUCGGCCAAUGAGGCGGAUAAAAAGAAAUUUAUUACGGUCUACAAAAUAAUGUCGGACGAGCACGACGAUAGGAAAUCGACAAUAUUACACAGCGAUAAACAAUCAAAUGAGUCCAAUAUAGAAAUCUCAAACGAACCAAAGGACGACAGUCCGAAAGAUUUCGAAAGGGGUAAAAGUAAAAUAAAUUCUUUUUACAAAAAAUGCAAAAGUAUCAAUAGAAGGAAAAUUAACGAACUAAACACUUCGGAUACUGGUGAUAAAAAAGAUAAAACUAUUUAUUUUUUUAAUAAAAUAAACGAGACGGAUACGAAUAGCGAUUCGAAGACCAUAGAGCCGAAUGGAAGCGUGAAAUAUUGUUUUAAAUGUUCGUCCAUAUUUGAAACGUCAUUUUGUACGUAUUGUAGUAAAAAUAACGCUUUAGACAGUAACAAACAGUGUAAUCACAAAACAGAUAAUACACUGCAAGAAAUACAAACAUGUACUCUGUGUGAAAAGUGACAUAAUGGAGAAAACUUUUUUUUAAUCCAUUUUUGAGGCUACGGCCGCUUUCGCUAUUGCUGGUAAGCUGUUCUAAUUUAAGAGGUUAGAUAUGGGAGUUACAUUACUGGCUGCUGUGAUUUGAGGUUUUGACUACAAGAGACGAUUAUAAGUGAUCUCUCUGGUAUCACGUGCAACUAUAGACUGCUAUAACCAUAGAUUAUACGUAUAUCUUAGAUUAUAUACAUAGAUAGAGUGUUGCUAUAGAAAUGCUUCGAGAAAAACGUAUCAACUUUUUCAUACAAUUUUGCGUGAUAAAUAUUUAUGAGUGAUUCCUUUAUAACUUCUAUGUUUACUUUGUCUUAUAAAGUUUGCGUCUUUUUAAUGCGUAAACACUCGUUUUAUUUAUUAAAUAAUACGUCAAGAUACAUUUUAUGCGUAAAUAUAUAGAAUAUUGAUAAAAAAAAAAUUAGUCGGCUAAUUUGACAAUUAGCUGACAAAAAGUUGACCAGUUUUUGAAGCUCGAAGCUCUAUCUAUAUAAUCUGAGACAUAUAUAGCUAUCUAUGUAAAAACGUGUAAUCCUUGAUACCUAUAUAGGAGCGAAUCGACCGACUUUCUUGCAUACACAUAUGAGCUACUUUCCGUGAAGGUUGUCGGAGAGGCUGCAUAAUCAUUUCCAAAAUGCCCUGUCAUUCCUGUGAAACUGCAUAAACUUAUUUCUAUACAAAACUUGUAAAAUAAGUAAUGCCAUACCACCGAUAAAUUUAAAAUCUAGAUUCUAUUUUUAAAUCGAUUUUAAAAGUAUUCCAUAUUUAAAUUUUAAAACUGUUCCACUACCGAGAUUAAUGGUAAUGAAAAACAAAAUAUAUGACUAUUUAAAAAUGCUUUAAUUUUAGUUUACUGGAAUAAUACUUUGUUUCUUUCUUUCUUUCUUUCUUUCUUUCUUUCUUUAUCGAUAUUUAAGUUUCCCAUUCGUGUUUCUACCGUGAAGCAGUUGUGUUUGCAUGGCUGUGUUUCGGUUUAAAGGGUGGGAUAUGGCGUGAAUUUACAAGGUACAGAGGAAUAACACCUGAGUCCUCAGGAAUGGCAACGCAUGGGGGGUGUCAUGGGCGAAACAGUAUACUCUGUUAUGUCCACGGUACUGCUCUUGUCUAUAGGCGACGGUUACCACUUUCCAUCAGGUGGGCCGUCAGCUUGUUUGUCAUUCUAAGUUGUAUAUAAAAAAAAAAAUAUUUUGAAAAUAUAAUGAAGUAUCAUGUUAGUGGUUACGUGGAGGCGGUAGUUAAAACAAAGUGUAAUUAUAAGACGAUUUUUCCAUAGAAUCUCGACAACCAUGCAUCGUUUUCAUUUACUCCGACAAUUUUACUAAUAUAAUAGAAUUGUAACUCGACGGUGUCUGUACAUAAAAGGUGUUUAAGUUAAAUUUAUCUUAUCAUCGUCAUACCAGCCUUUAACUGUCCACUGCUGAACAUAAGCCUCCCCCUUGGGGGGUUUUGCCAGUCGUUGCCACGCUUACAGGCAGAUUGGCAACCGUUAAUGCGGUUUUAGAGAUGUUUUAAGAGGGACGCUGCUACUAAUCCCUCGCCCUCCCCUUGUUGCCUCUUACGACACCCACGGUAAAGGAAGGGGUGGCCGAUUCUAUGCCGGGACCACAUAGCCAAAAUUUAUAUAAAAGGUCUUAAUAAAGACCAGUAAAUGUCAAGACAGUAUUUUUUUUUUAUAAAAUUUUGUCUCUCUGUAUAUUUGUUUUGGAAUCGGACAAAAACUACUGCAUCGAUUUGGAUGCAGCUAUCACAGUUGUGUUGCUGAAGCUCUGAUUUAAAGUGGGGUGUAUGAUUUAUCUCUACGCUAUCUAGAAAUGGUAAAUUCCAUUGAUUUUCUUCUGAAAUUCGCGCGUACGCAAUAGACGAGAUACGAGGGUUAGUAAAGAUGAAAUGUUUUUUCUUUUUUACUUGGUCUUUGUGCCGCUUCUGAUCACGAUGUAUUGUAUGUUAUUCGGGUUGUUACAUUGUUAUUCCAUUUUUACGCAACGUAUUUACAAUCUGAUAAUGUAAUUAUAUUAAAAAUCUAAAAGUGAGUUUAGUUUAUUCAUUAUACACCGGAUUUAUACGAUAUACGAUUGGCAAUUAUCAGGUGUUGCCAGGUCUAGUUAGAAAAAAGUCGGGAGAAAUUGUGGCAAUAUACAAGGGUCAUUUGAAAAGUUCUUAGCCUAACAUGGUUAAAGUCAUUGUUUUUUUUUUUAUAACUACCCUCAUUUUGUAGUUACAUUAUUUAUCAACAAGUAUGCACAGUUUAGUUUAUUCACAGUAACUCAUUGUUCGUUUACACGUGAUACUGUAAGUCAAAUAAAGCUAUUUUUGAAAAUGGAUAAAAUUGAACAUCGUGCAGUGAUAAAAUACCUGAAUUUGAAAGGUUUAACUCUAAAAGCUAUACAUGAAGACAUGUCUGUUACUUUGGGUGUGUCCGCACCAUCGUAUGCGACUGUUAAAAACUGAGUGGCAGAGUUUAAACGCGGUCGUGAGACCAUUCAAGAUGAGCCCCGUAGUGGCCGGCCUUCGACUCCUUCCACUGAUCAAAACAAAGAAAAAAAUCUGUGAUUUAAUUUUAUCUGAUCGAAGAUUGACUGUCGAGGAGAUAGCUAAGAUUGUAGGCAUCUCGUCUGAGCGAACAUAUAUAAUUACUGAUGAACACGAAGUGGUACACCACUAACAGUUCGAAAAUGUGUCAUAUUUUCAUCCAUUCCUAUCUCAGUUAAUACCUUUACCUUGUAUUAUAUUAUAUUUGGCUACGCCAAUAAUAUUUCGUUUGUUUUUAACAAAUUUAAACAUUAAUUUUAAAUUAUAAUUACAGUUUAACGGUAUAAAUUUUAACGUUGACCUGGCAACACAGGCUUACAGAUUGGCGCCAAAAAUACACGGGCAAAGGAAAAAGUUUUAAAAGAUCUGUAAAGAUAUCUCAAGAAGUUAAUGAUAUCAAGAAUGAUUAAUGAGUAAUAUUUGUUACUUACCAUCAUGUAGUAUUAUUUACUUCAUUACAGUUCCUAUUUUUCUGCAAUUAUGUAUAUCGGAUAUUGUAAAUAAACGAUGAUUAUGAAGGAA